AUCAAGAUCGCCGGCGCCCGCAGACAAAUUCGCUUCGCGCUCUCGCCACACAUCCCACCCUCCAGCGACCGGGUCGCGUCUUCUCCAAAUGCCAGCUGCAGCUAGCCAGCUCUACAAUACUGUCUGAGCCAUGCCUAUCGACGACCCAGCGCAGCUCGUAGAGGAGUUCAAGAAGUCGGGCGAGUUUGACCGGCUGAGGAGGGAGUUGUUGGCACAGUUUAGGAGCAGCGAUGCCAUGGACACGCUGAUGUCCCGUGUAGAGGAUAUCGUCAAAGAAAGGCUCGCGUCUGACCAGAAACUCCACUACGUGCCAGAAACAGUCAUGACACGCGAAUUGAUGCAGGAGCUUGACAGGUAUCCACUGGUAGAACGAGCGGCGAGCGAGACCCGGGCAUUCACCGACCCUACAUUCACCUCUGGCAUACGCAACUCGAUCAAGACCAUCCUCCAAGACGAUCGUAGGAACGUAUCUGCUCCCACAGAAGGGAAGUUCGUAGACGGCAUGGACAUCGACGGCAUCGAAGAGGAGACACCGAUGGACGAGGGCACCCCGGAAGACGACGAGACGCGCGUAGUGCGCUUCGUCAACUACGCUAGGAGCGAGCCGGACCUCGACCCACGCGACGAGCCUACGAGCGAGGACCCGCACGAGGGUGUGGCUCCGAAAAUCGGGUUGGACGACUGA